CCCGGCCCCGAGGGGGCGCCCACGGGGGGCACGGACACGGCCGGGCGCUGAGCGGCGGCUGCCGGGAGGGGCUGGGCGCGAGCAGGCGGCGUUCAACCGCGGGGCCGGGAGAACGAACGCGCCCCCGGGAACAGCCUCAACCCGGAGGGGGAAACGCGGCCGGGCGGUGCCGUGCCUCGGCCUCAGCCUCGACCUGCUGCUCGUGAGCUGCGCCGGCCGGGCCUCCGGCUGCUGAGACCGGCGUUAUGGAGAGCGAGCUGCUCCCGGCCGGGACCGGCCCCAGCACGGGUCCAGAACCGGACCCGCCGGCCGCUGAGGGGCCCUGGCCCUUGCCCCGCGGCGCGGCCACGGAGGCGGCCCAGUGGGACUCGGCGGAGCCCGCGGCCCCGGAGCGGCAGAACCUCCUGGGCCUGCGGCGGCUGCAGCGGCACGGCCAGGAGCAGGCCCGGUUCCCCCUGCACCGGCUGCUGGUGACGGCGCGGCUGGGCGAGGCGGUGGCGGAGCAGGAGGUGGCAGGUUAUCACAGAGGAUUGUUUGAAUAUGCCUCAAAAUACAACUCAAGAGAACCAGUCUCAGGUCUGCUGCUUGUCUGUUCAAGCUAUGUUCUUCAUGUAGUGGAGUCUUGCAGCAGCACAAUACAUCUCGUCAUCCGAGAUCUAGCUUCUCUCCAAGAUCAAGGUCCCAGUGCUUUACUUCAGGACAUUAAAGUUGCAGUGGUAGCACAUAACAUCCCCACCAGACAGUUCCCAGACUGGAAUGUGUCAGUGGUGACAUCUCCUGUGACACAUCUAGAAGACACAACAGAGUCACAGCCUGCAGAAGGGACAGUCACAGAGUGUCUUAAUCUCCUGUUCAGAGUGGCAGCCUGCACACCAAAACCUGCUGAGGACGACAGUGAGGACGUGACCGACAGUCCGUACAUUCUUGUACCCGACCUGCAAAUCCCAGCAGAGACAAUUAGCCGUUUGUGCAGAGCCAAAGAAUGUACAAGCCCAGGAGACUUCCUGAGAAUGUAUUUAAGUCCGUUACAACUUGCCCUGGAUUCAGAAGCCGUUUGGCCCAUUCCCUCCCACUUCUCUGCAUGAUCCGGGCUGUGCCCAGCACUUCUCCCGAGGGAUCCAGGUGUUAAGGAAGAGGCACGUUCAGUCCCAGGCCCUGUCUUCUGCAGCCCGUGAAUGAAGAGCACACGGAGCAGGCAGUGCCCUGCUAGCUGUGAAGCCCCGGGGAGGAGCACACGGCCUCCAGGGCAGAGCUUUGCUUCUGAGGGAGCGCGAACCACGGGCACUCUGUGUGCACGCCAAUAAACAGGCCUCAGGCUGACAAAAGAGGGUCUUUAAUUUUUAUAAAUGUUCACCAACCGAUGCAUCAAACCCGAUGUUCAAAGUUCUUUCAGAAUUCAACCGUUUUCAAUGAAAGCAAAAAAAAAAAAAACACUUCCACAGUUUUACCUCAAAACUCUUGCAAGUUUCA